CAUGCGCUGCUAGAUCACAGUUAUGAACCUUUUGCAUAGAUCUCUAAGAGUGACAAUUCACAGUCAACUUUAUAGGCAAAUAUCUGUAAACAUGAUAAGACGCACGCAGAUUAAGAAAGUGCUUUGUGUUGCCGAGAAAAACGACGCUGCUAAGGGCAUAGCAGAAAUUAUGUCAAAUGGGAGAUCGAGAAGAAGAGAAGGCUACUCUGUCUACAACAAAAUAUAUGAGUAUGAAUACAACCUGUUUGGCCAAAAUGUAACUGUAAACAUGACAUCAGUAUCAGGGCAUCUCUUGGGUCUCGAAUUCAAAGCUCCUUUUCAGAAAUGGCAUAGUUGUAAUCCAGUCCUGUUGUUUGAUGCUGAGGUGGAAAAGUACUGCCCUGAAAACUUUAUACCGAUCAAGAGGACUUUGGAGAAAGAGGUAAGACAGUGUCAAGCUCUGGUCAUUUGGACUGAUUGUGACCGGGAAGGAGAGAAUAUCGGCUUUGAGAUCAUUAAUGUCUGCAAAGCAGUGAAGCCAAACAUUCAGGUCUUCCGUGCACGGUUCUCUGAGAUCACCCCAAACUCCAUAAGAAGAGCCUGUGAGACCCUCACUGAGCCGAAUGUCAACAUCAGUGAUGCUGUGGAUGUGAGACAGGAGCUUGAUCUCCGCAUCGGGGCAUCGUUCACCAGGUUCCAGACAUUACGCUUGCAGAAGAUAUUCCCAGAAUCUCUCUCCGAUCAGCUCAUCAGUUAUGGCAGCUGUCAGUUCCCAACCCUUGGCUUUGUAGUAGAGCGUUUUAAAGCAAUUCAAGCCUUUGUCCCUGAAACUUUCUUUAAAAUCAAAGUUGUCCAUGAGCCUAACGAAGAGGAAUCAGUAGAAUUUAGCUGGAAAAGACAUCGUCUUUUCAAUCACACAGCGUGCCUUGUGCUGUAUCAGAUGUGCAUGGAGGAUCCCAUGGCGAAAGUGAUAUCUGUAACAAGUAAACCAAAAAGCAAAUGGCGACCUUUACCCCUUGACACUGUGGAACUUGAAAAACUGUGUUCAAGAAAAUUGAGGAUAAGUGCCAAAGAAACCAUGAAAACUGCAGAAAAGCUGUACACUCAAGGGUUUAUCAGUUAUCCUCGCACUGAGACCAACAUGUUUCCUCAGAACCUGAACCUUACCCUGCUGGUUGAGCAACAGACACAAGAUAAUGAAUGGGGAAAUUUUGCUCAGCGCAUUUUGGAAAGCGGUGGGCCCACACCUCGAAAUGGAAACAAAUCAGAUCAGGCCCAUCCCCCCAUUCACCCCACCAAAUACACCAACAGUUUACAGGGUAAUGAAAAGCGGCUGUAUGAGUUCAUUGUACGUCACUUCUUGGCCUGUUGCUCCAAAGAUGCUCAGGGUCAAGAGGUGACGGUUGAAAUUGAAAUAGCCGAAGAGAGAUUCUCUGCUAGUGGAUUGACGAUCAUUGCACGCAAUUAUCUGGAAGUGUACCCUUAUGACAAGUGGUACAAUAAGGUAAUUCCAUUAUAUAUGCCUGACACCACGUUCCAGCCCACAGCGAUUGAGAUGGUGGAAGGACAGACCAGUCCACCACAGCUUCUGACAGAGGCCGAUUUGAUAUCGCUCAUGGAGAAGCAUGGCAUUGGUACCGAUGCAACACAUGCUGAACACAUUGAGACCAUAAAGAGUCGCAUGUAUGUGGGGCUGACGGCUGACCAGAGGUUCCUUCCUGGAGAGCUCGGCAUGGGUCUUGUUGAAGGGUAUAACUCUAUGGGGUAUGAAAUGUCUAAACCAGACCUGAGAGCGGAGCUGGAGGCGGAUCUUAAACUUGUGUCAGAGGGCCAGAAGGACAAAGCUUCUGUCCUCAGUUAUCAUAUGGCAAAAUACAAGGCUGUAUUUAUUGAAUCCGUGAGGAAAGCAAAGAAAUUGGAUGAAGCCUUGUCCAAUUAUCUGGGCCCGGCUCAGGAGAUUACCGAAACAGAACAAGGAGAGAUGGAGAUGCCGUUACCAGUGCGAAAGUGUCCUCAGUGUAACUGUGACAUGGUGCUAAAGAGGAAGAAAGACAGCACAGGGAUGCUUCUUUCAUGUAUGGGAUAUCCAGCUUGUAAAGCAGCCGUGUGGUUUCCAGACACAGUUCUGGAGGUCAGCAGAGACGAGAGCAUCUGUUCAACGUGCCGUCCACAUCCGGUCCAUAUGCUCAAGUUUAAAUUCAAGAGAGGAAGUUUGCCACCUAUGAUGCCCCUUGAAUUUGUUGGCUGCAUUGGAGGAUGUGAUGAGACUCUCAGAGAGGUCUUGAACUUAAAAUAUCUCAGAGGAGGAGGAGAAGGAGAUUCUGGCUCUCGGCCUUAUAACAGCUCUGGGUCAAAUCAGGAUCAUGUACCUCGAACCAACUCAGCACCUCCGUCCAGGGUGGAGAACGUGAGACCUCCUGCACCCAGACCCCGAGCCGACAGCAACCGUCCCCCAGCCAGUCUGCCACCUCCUCGGGCAGCACUACCACCAGCUUCAGCCCAGGGUGGUGCCAUUGUGUGUAACUGUGGUCAGGAUGCCAUUCUUCUCACUGUACGCAAAGAGGGUCCCAACCAAGGCCGUCAGUUUUACAAGUGUAACACAGGGGAUUGUAAAUUCUUCCUGUGGGCUGACCAGCCGACUGAGCAGGGAGCGCCCGAAGGAAACAGAGGACCCCUGAGUCCGAAUUUUCAACCUUCCAGGCCCUCAAAUGGGUUUGGGAACAUGCCUCAGCAGAGGCAAAACAACAGAGGAUCUGGAGGUGAUGAAGGUGAAACCAUGUGUAACUGUAAUGAGCCUGCAGUUACCAGGACUGUCAUGAAAGAUGGGCCAAACAAGGGCCGAAUGUUCCACACCUGUGGGAAACCACGUGAUCAGCAGUGUGGGUUCUUCCUGUGGGCCAAUGAAAAUGUGGCUCCAGCCACAGGUUUUUCUGGAGGAAAUGUUGGUAAACAUCCUGGGAACAAAAAGGCCAGCACUGCCUCAAACAAGCCUCCCACAGCCAAAAGACCAAGAACCUGUGGAAUAUGUCAUGAGCCGGGUCAUACCCGGGCCACCUGUCCUCAGGGCCAGUAAAAAAUAGUUCCUGCAAUUUUUGUAA